AGGUUCCGAGGUCAAAGUUCGAGUGCAUGUGACUCUACUAGCAUAAAGUUCUAAGACUCGACUAUCUUUGCAGUCUCCAAGGCCGGCUAGCUGGAAUCAGAUCAUCAUGACAGCCAGGUUCAGAUCUGGUGGAGGAGCUGAGCCUGAGCUUGUUAAAUCUCUUUCCUCUGAGGAGGAAGGUUUCAACACUGGAGGUCCAUCUAUCAACGUCAAGGAAGGUGGUCUCUCUAAGGAGGACCAUGCACCACUACUGCCAAGACUACAGACGCCUGGUUCAGCCAAUGAUGCGUAUCAUCCACAGAGGAGACAACUAGUUACAAGGAGACUGCUGCCGAGUAUGGACGACGAAGAUGGAGACAGUAAGAAGAGAAAGAGAGGAUUUUGUCAGACUUGGUGUGAUAUGUGGUUCUUACUAUCUCAAACGAAGGUUGGUUGCAUCCUUCUCAAUGCUCUCCUGUUCGGAGGAGGACUCCUCAUCAUUUUACUGACAGUGUAUGGUGGUAUAAUGGAGUGCCCUGAGUUGAAUGGAGCUGUAGUGUACCUGUUCCUAGUGGCCACUCUCUCUAUAACACUCGGCUGUCUGUGUUGUGGCUACCACUGGGUCAAAGACAAUCACGACCUACCCUUUGGAAUAUUUUGUGUUGCCUAUUGUGUACUGUUUCUGUACAUCUGCAUCACAAUCGCUGGGACUGUGGUCGUGUUUACACGGAUAUAUCCGAUUGGUCCAGAUCAACCACCUCCGGAUAUGGUGAACGGAACUACAGUGAAUGUACUGUCUCAUUGUAAAAUGGUGGAACUUCCAUUUGGUGUACUCAUCGUAUGUUAUUGUGUAGCUGUUCUGAUUUUGUGUAUAGCUUAUUGUGCUUGUUUAUUAGCCCUGGGGGCAAGACAUGUCGAUGACUGACCUGUGUGACAUUGUGCAAUGUAAUGAUAUUUUUGUGUGAACAGUUUUCAUCUUGA